AUGGAGGAAAACCAAAGAAGCAUUGAAAAUAUUGUGUCAGCUAGGAGUUUGAUGAAUUUCAUUCCCCUCCAAAUGACUCUAGAAGCUGCCAUUGAGCUAAAUGUCUUCAGCAUCAUUGCCAAAUCAGGCCCUACAGGAUCUCAUCUCACUGCAAAAGAAAUCGCUUCCCAAAUUCCGACUUUGAAUCCGAAUUCAGCCCGGAAUUUGGACAGAAUACUAAGAAUGCUGGCCGUCCAUUCCCUCCUCUCGACCUCUCUAAAACCGUCUGCGGACAAUGAGGCAUUGCAAGACAGGGCUUAUGGCCUCACAAAGGAGACACUUUGCUUGGUGCCGGAUGAAAAUGGAGUCUCAUUAGCUCCAUUGAUUAGUUUCAACUGUGAGCUUGACAUUGUGAAGAGCCUUUCCAUGCUCAAGGAUUCCGUGCUCGAACCGGAGAUUGUGCCCUUCCACAAGGCUCAUGGAACCACCAUAUUUGAGUACAUGUCCACGAAAGCUGAGCUGAGCCAGUUGUUUAAUAAGUCCAUGGCAGAGAGUUCUAACCUAAAUUUUGAUGAGGUGUUGAAGGUUUAUAAAGGUUUUGAAGAGGUGAAAGAGUUGAUGGAUGUUGGAGGUGGAAUUGGAAAAACGAUUUGGAAAGUAGUUUCCAAGUAUCCCCACAUCCAUGGAAUUAACUUCGAUUUGCCUAAUGUUGUUGCUCAAGCUCCUCCUUACCAAGGUGUGAAUCAUAUCGGUGGAAAUAUGUUUGAGACCAUACCAAAUGCACAAUCAAUUAUGCUGAAGUGGGUGCUCCACAACUGGGAAGACGACCGGUGCAAGAAAUUAUUGAAAAGCUGUUGGGAGGCAUUACCAAAAAAUGGGAAGGUGAUAGUUGUGGAAUUUACAAUUCCAGAAGUAUUGGAGAAUACUAAAGCAGUGCUGAACAUAGUAACGUUGGACAUCUCAAUGAUGGCAUUGCCUGGUGGUAGAGAAAGAACAACUGCUGAAUUUGAUAACUUAGCAAAAUCUGUGGGUUUUGUGGAAACAACGAUUUUUCCAAUCGCACAGGGGAUUUGUGUUAUGGAAUUUCUCAAGAGGGAAGAAGCAUGA